AUGGAGGAGGACGAGGGGGCUGCGGGAGGCGCAGAGCAGCGGCGCCGCCGGCCGGGGGCCGAGCGCUCCCCCAGCCCCAGCCGCCUGGAUGUGAGCUCCAGCCGCUUCGACCCACUGCUGGCUCUCUACUCUGCCAACACGCCGCUCCCCUUCCCCGCCGCGCCCUGCUUCAACAACCUCGCCGAGUACGAGAGCUUCCAGCGCGGCCUGCUCCGCCCGCGCGGUCGUCGUGCCGCUCCCUCCCGCCGCGGUCCCUCCGCCUCUCGCGCCGCCCGCCGCGGCCCGCCCGCCGCUGAUCCCGAGCGCAUCCAGCGCCUCCGCAGCCUCAUGGUCAACGCUGGCCCCGAGCAGGAGGCAGCCGAGGGCGGCGCAGCGGCCAGGCGCCGGCGAGCGCCGCGCAACGUCCUCACCAGGAUGCCCCUCCAUGAAGGCAGCCCUCUGGGAGAACUUCAUCGCUGUGUCCGAGAUGGUGUAAAAAUCAACGUCCAUAUCCGCACUUUCAAAGGGCUUCGUGGGGUCUGCACAGGGUUCUUGGUUGCAUUUGACAAAUUCUGGAAUAUGGCCCUGACAGAUGUGGAUGAGACAUACAGGAAACCAGUAGUGGGCAAAGCUUUCUAUGCAGAGCCUCAGCUCACACUAACCAGGCUCUUUGAUAGACUCAAACUGCAGGAGUCCUCAGCAAAGAAAGGAGCUGAUUCAAAGACUGCUUCAGAGGAGCUAACCCUAACAAAGGACUCUCAGGCGCUGGGAUUGAAAGCUGGAUCAGGACGAGGGAGAGCAGAAGAUGAGCGCGAGAAGCAGAAGCGCCUAGGCAGAGCUGGAGAAAGGAAGAUGCCAGGUGACACUUUGCAUCUGGCUGCCAGAGGUGAAGCUGAUGUGGGCAGCGGGACUGCCCACACAGAGGGUGCCAGUGCUGGUGGCACCCGUGCAAGAAGCCAGUCACGGAAAAAAAGGCGUCCCAAAGUGGAUUAUCAACAGGUGUUCACACGUCACAUAAACCAGAUUUUUAUUCGAGGAGAGAAUGUCUUGCUUGUCCAUUUAGCACAUUGA